AUGUUCUUCCAUCAGUUUCAUUUUCUCUCCCAUCGCACCCUGCAGUCAGGUUAAGGAAAUCACUAUUUGCUCUGAAGGAGAAGGAAUGUAGGCAAGCUGUUCACAGUGAAGUCUCUCGCAGCAGUACUGAAGAUGUUCCUGCUACUUUUAUUCCUCGCAUUUAUCUCAGGCGUUUGCUCCAUGACAACCAAGGAGAUCUAUGUCAGAGCCGGUGACCUGGUGAUGCUACAAUGUGGAGAGUGUAAAUAUGACGGUACUGUUGUGCUUUGGAAACUGGAGACUGGCCAGAAAACACAACUCUACAGCAACAUGUCGGCGUCUGAGCAGCAGCGGCUUGGUUUGGUUCUGUAUCAGGACAGCCUGGUGAUUCUCAGUGCGUCUUCAAACCAUCAGGGGAAUUACACGUGUGGUCCUCUCAGGAACACCAGGUGCCAGAUGGCGUUCAGGCUUACAGUAUACUCAGAAUCGUCCAGAGAGAUUGAGUUUGGAAACAGGUACAAUCAAACAUGUUACAAAAACCAAACCUGCGAACUGAACUGCCCUGAAGAAAACCUCCCCUGUAGCACCGCUUGGGAGCUGCUGGGAAUCACAUGGCACAAGGAGAAUGGUGCAGUCUCAGAUGAUUUCUUCACAAAUGUUGAUGUAGGGAAAAGUGGAGUCUACAUCUGCACCAGGUCUUUCUUGUAUUCUGAUCACACAUACAAUGCCUCCUUCACAGUGGUACUUGAUGUCCAGACAGGAAAGCCUCCGACAAACUUAGGAAUCUAUUCACCAAAGAAUGGGAAAGUUGUUGAAGUAGAGCUUGGCAAAACAGUGGAGAUUACUUGUACGGCACUCAUCGAUUCUAGCGACGGUUCGCUCUUCUGGUUGAGAAAUGAUGAAUUUGUGGAGAAAAAUGACACCCUUCGCUAUUUCUACAAUGACACGUUCUCAAAGAACGCGUCAUUGGAUGACGUCGUUUGGAUGAGCGCAACUUUAGUCUUCAGAGAAGUGUUGGAAGAGGAUCUGUCUGCAGAAUUCAGAUGUAAACUUGAAAGUGCUGAACUCACACGUCUCGUCUCUGUCACCCUGGAUAAAACAGCUGGUCCUUCAUAUGUCAUUCUAACUGCAUGCAUCGCUUGCAUUGUGGUGGUGAUGGCUGUGAUUGUUGCUACAUAUGUGAAGUUUAAAAUUGACGUCACCCUUUUCCUAAGAGGUAAACUUGGCUCUAGUGGUUGCCAGAGCAAUACGUCAGAUGAAAAAAGCUACGAUGCGUUUCUGAUGUGCUACAAAAGCGUCACUGAUGGAGGACUGAGUGAGGAAGACAGAAAAUGCCUGGCGAGUACUUUGGAGGACGAGUUCGGUUACAGCAUCUGCCUUUAUGAUCGAGACGUCUUACCUGGUCAAGCUAUCGCUGAGGCCGUGUUGGACUGUAUAGAGCAGAGCCGGGCUGUGGUUCUGGUUCCCAGCUUUCCAGAUCCUGAACCAGGAAGUGCAGUGCUAAGCGCCAUCCAC